AAAUAUUCCUCAGGGCAAACGUGCAGCAGGUGACACUGAGUUGCUUCUAGGUUUCACGGGCCAAAAUGUCCUACGAUGAGUGGCAGAGCCCCCUGGGCGGUCGAUAUGCCAGCAAAGAAAUGCUCAAGCUUUUCUCAGCACGCACUCGUGCUUCUACCUGGAGACAAUUAUGGAUCUGGCUGGCCGAGGCCGAGAAGGAAAUGGGGCUUGACAUAUCUGAGGAAGCUAUCACGCAAAUGGAAGCCGCCAAAGUCAUGUCAGAUGAAGACUUCCAGGUCGCCGCCGUCGAGGAGAAGCGACGUCGACAUGAUGUUAUGGCUCAUGUCCACGCUUUUGGUGAGCGAGCUCCUGCUGCCGCCGGCAAAAUCCAUCUGGGCGCUACGUCUUGCUACGUCACAGAUAAUGCAGACUUGAUAUUCCUACGAGACGGGUUGUCACUUCUCCUCCCAAAGAUCGCCAAGUGUGUCAAGAAGCUCUCCGAUUUUGCGGUCGAGUACAAGGCCAUGCCCUGCCUAGGUUACACCCACGGCCAGCCCGCUCAACCCAUCACUGUUGGUCGCAGGGCAAUCCAGUGGAUUGAGUCUCUGUUGAUGGAUUUGAGAAAUAUCGAACGGGCCAGAUCCGACCUCCGCUUCAGAGGAGUCAAGGGUACCACCGGCACCCAAGCUUCCUUCCUAGAACUUUUCCAUGGAGACCAUGCAAAGGUCAAGCAGUUGGAUGAGCUUGUCACCAAGAAGGCCGGGUUUCAGAAAAGAUCCAUCCUCUCAGUGCAAACGUACAACCGCAAAAUCGACUUUGACAUUGCUAACGCAUUGGCGUCCUUUGCCACUACCUGUGAACAUAUCGGCACAGACAUUCGCCACCUGGCAAUGGUAAAAGAACUUGAAGAACCGUUCGAGAAAGACCAGAUUGGAUCCUCCGCCAUGGCGUACAAGCGUAACCCUAUGCGGUCAGAACGGAUGUGCUCUCUCGCCAGAAAGCUGACUACCCUGCCGCAGGGGUUUGCUGCAACGUAUGCACACCAGUGGUUUGAACGUUCACUGGACGACUCUGCAAUUCGCCGAAUCGAUAUUCCAGAAAUGUUCUUGCUCGCAGAUGCCUUGUGUAUCUUGCUCGAGAACGUCUCGUCAGGUCUGGUUGUGUAUCCCGCCGUGGUCAAUGGCCGGCUGCAACAGGAGCUGCCUUUCAUGGCGACAGAGACCAUGAUCAUGCGCAUGGCCGAGAAAGGUGCUAGCAGACAAGAGACCCAUGAACAGAUCCGAGUACUAUCGCACCAGGCAGGCGCUGUUGUCAAGCAAGAGGGUCAGGCCAAUGAUCUGGUUGAGCGUAUCCGGAAGGAGAAGUUCUUUGAACCCAUUUGGAGCGAAUUGACGGAAGAUGAUCUGCUAAAUCCCGCCAAAUUCAUCGGUAGAUCUCCUGAACAGGUCGAGGAGUUCGUCGAGGAAGAGGUCGAGCCAGCAUUGGAACAUUAUAAGAACCAGAUCCAGAGCAGCCGUGCUGCAGAACUCAACAUCUAAGCAGUAGUCAUGGUGUCUGUUCGAGUGCUAUGGCGGGACUGUCUUCUGACCUUGGACAAGUAGAGAAUUUGAUACCCUUUAGAUCACAUUCAGGAAUCUGCGAUCUCAUGGAUCCUCUGCCACAUUCUGCGUUGUUCCUCCAUUUUCGCGUCAUAAUUUGCACCAUUCACCGACGUCCCACUUGCCUGUGCGAAAGU